AUGAGUAACUCCAGGAAUAACCGGGUGAUGGUGGAAGGGGUCGGGGCCCGCGUAGUGCGCGGCCCGGACUGGAAGUGGGGGAAGCAGGACGGCGGCGAGGGCCAUGUGGGCACGGUCCGGAGCUUCGAGAGCCCCGAGGAGGUGGUGGUGGUGUGGGACAACGGCACGGCCGCCAACUACCGCUGCUCCGGGGCCUACGACCUGCGCAUCCUGGACAGCGCGCCCACGGGCAUCAAGCACGAUGGAACCAUGUGUGAUACCUGCCGCCAGCAGCCAAUCAUUGGCAUUCGGUGGAAGUGUGCGGAGUGUACAAAUUAUGACUUGUGCACCGUUUGUUAUCAUGGAGAUAAACAUCAUUUAAGGCAUCGCUUUUAUAGAAUUACCACACCAGGGAGUGAGCGGGUUCUGCUAGAGUCUCGUAGAAAAUCGAAGAAGAUCACGGCCCGAGGGAUCUUUGCAGGUGCCAGAGUGGUGCGAGGAGUGGACUGGCAGUGGGAAGAUCAGGACGGGGGGAAUGGACGCAGGGGAAAGGUAACAGAGAUCCAAGACUGGAGUGCAUCAAGCCCGCAUAGUGCAGCCUACGUUCUCUGGGAUAAUGGUGCUAAGAACCUGUACAGAGUUGGCUUUGAGGGCAUGUCUGAUCUGAAGUGUGUCCAGGAUGCCAAAGGAGGUUCUUUCUACAGAGAUCAUUGUCCUGUGCUAGGUGAGCAGAAUGGCAACAGGAACCCUGGUGGGCUGCAGAUUGGUGACCUGGUCAACAUAGAUCUUGACCUUGAAAUUGUACAGUCUUUGCAGCAUGGUCAUGGCGGAUGGACUGAUGGCAUGUUUGAGACCUUGACUACAACUGGAACAGUUUGUGGCAUUGAUGAAGAUCAUGACAUUGUAGUACAGUAUCCAAGCGGCAAUAGGUGGACCUUCAACCCUGCUGUUCUCACUAAAGCAAACAUUGUCCGAAGUGGGGAUGCUGCACAAGGUGCAGAGGGAGGCACCUCUCAGUUUCAAGUGGGUGAUCUGGUGCAAGUUUGUUAUGAUCUGGAGAGAAUUAAACUUCUACAGAGAGGCCAUGGAGAAUGGGCAGAAGCUAUGCUCCCAACUUUAGGUAAAGUUGGCCGAGUACAGCAGAUUUAUUCAGACAGUGAUUUAAAGGUGGAAGUAUGUGGAACAUCUUGGACGUAUAAUCCAGCGGCGGUUUCCAAGGUGGCGUCCGCAGGAUCAGCCAUUAGCAAUGCGUCUGGUGAAAGACUCUCCCAACUUUUGAAGAAAUUAUUUGAAACCCAAGAAUCUGGUGACCUCAAUGAAGAAUUAGUUAAGGCUGCUGCCAAUGGAGAUGUUGCUAAAGUGGAAGAUUUGCUAAAAAGACCAGAUGUGGAUGUGAAUGGACAGUGUGCUGGUCACACAGCUAUGCAAGCUGCUAGUCAGAAUGGACAUGUUGACAUUUUGAAGUUACUUUUGAAGCAAAAUGUGGAUGUAGAAGCAGAGGAUAAAGAUGGUGAUAGAGCAGUCCACCAUGCCGCUUUUGGAGAUGAAGGAGCCGUCAUAGAAGUGUUGCACCGGGGCAGCGCCGAUCUGAACGCUAGAAACAAGCGCAGGCAGACACCGCUUCAUAUUGCUGUCAAUAAAGGUCACCUUCAGGUGGUGAAGACGUUACUGGACUUUGGCUGUCAUCCCAGUCUUCAGGAUUCUGAAGGUGAUACUCCUCUUCAUGAUGCAAUAAGUAAGAAACGUGAUGAUAUCCUGGCAGUUCUUCUAGAAGCUGGAGCAGAUGUUACCAUUACGAACAACAAUGGGUUUAAUGCUCUACACCAUGCUGCACUGAGAGGAAACCCCAGCGCAAUGCGUGUUUUACUGUCUAAAUUACCAAGACCGUGGAUUGUGGAUGAGAAGAAAGAUGAUGGUUAUACUGCCUUGCAUCUGGCUGCCCUUAAUAAUCAUGUAGAAGUGGCUGAACUGUUGGUGCAUCAGGGAAACGCAAACCUGGACAUCCAGAAUGUGAACCAGCAGACGGCCCUCCACCUUGCCGUGGAGCGGCAGCACACACAGAUUGUGAGGCUUUUGGUCCGUGCAGGCGCCAAGUUAGAUAUUCAGGAUAAGGAUGGGGACACUCCUCUGCACGAAGCCCUGCGGCAUCACACUCUGUCUCAGCUGCGUCAGCUUCAAGAUAUGCAGGAUGUGGGGAAGGUCGAUGCUGCCUGGGAGCCAUCCAAAAACACGUUAAUAAUGGGACUUGGUACCCAGGGGGCUGAGAAGAAGAGUGCGGCAUCUAUUGCCUGUUUCUUGGCUGCUAACGGUGCUGACCUUAGCAUCCGAAAUAAGAAGGGUCAGUCGCCACUUGAUCUCUGUCCUGAUCCAAGUCUCUGCAAAGCCUUGGCAAAGUGUCAUAAAGAAAAAGUCAGUGGUCAGGUGGGCUCUCGAAGUCCUUCUAUGAUCAGUAAUGACUCUGAAACCUUAGAAGAGUGUAUGGUAUGCUCCGAUAUGAAGAGAGACACCCUGUUUGGCCCGUGUGGGCAUAUUGCUACCUGUUCUCUGUGUUCGCCACGAGUCAAGAAAUGCCUCCUCUGUAAAGAGCAAGUUCAGUCCAGGACCAAGAUUGAAGAAUGCGUGGUAUGCUCCGACAAGAAGGCAGCUGUUCUUUUUCAGCCGUGCGGACACAUGUGUGCUUGUGAGAACUGUGCCAGCCUGAUGAAGAAGUGUGUGCAGUGUCGGGCAGUGGUCGAGCGAAGAGUGCCCUUCAUCAUGUGCUGUGGAGGGAAAAGUGCAGAGGAUGCCACCGAUGAUAUCUCCAGUGGGAAUAUUCCGGUGCUGCAGAAGGACAAGGAUAAUACCAACGUCAAUGCGGACGUGCAAAAGCUGCAGCAGCAGCUACAGGACAUCAAAGAACAGACAAUGUGCCCUGUGUGUUUGGAUCGUCUGAAGAACAUGAUCUUCCUUUGUGGCCAUGGGACGUGCCAGCUCUGUGGAGACCGGAUGAGUGAAUGUCCCAUCUGUCGAAAAGCUAUCGAACGGAGGAUUCUUUUGUAUUAACUAAGAAACCCCCUGUGUUCUGUUAGCUAAAAUAUUUUGUCCAUGAGAUCUUAGUGAGCUUUUUAAGCUAGUUGGAGGUUCUAAUGAAUUAAUUUUUAAUCUCAUAGUUUCUUUGCUAGAGUGUAAUUAGACUCAAAAUGUACCAGAACAACUACAACAAAAAAACUCUACAAAACAAGUGUUUGAAGCUGUGUAUUUUUGGUUUUCCUUUCAGUUGAAACAUCAAAUCCGUGUAAUUCAUAUAAUUUGCGUUCUGCAUCUAAGGGAGAAAGUCCUUUAAGGAUCUCCUGUUAUUUUUUGUUUUCAUUGCAUUUUCUCUCAUAGUUUAUAAACGUUAGACCUCAAAAGAUGUACUUCCUUAUGGUCAGCUGUCUUUCAGUUUAUCUUGAUUUUUACAGUGAGUUGACACAGGUACCCAGAAAGGUCAUGCAUCAUAUGAAAGGUGCAAGUCAAACUAUUAUGUUUCAUAUGUUAAAUGAUAAAAUUAUAGUACAAGUUCUGCAUGAUUAAAAGAAUACUGAAGCGAGGAUUCUCCUUAUAAGGUAACAUAAAGUUAUCCAAAUGAUUGUCUCUGGAUUCUCAGAGUAAAUGGAAAUACAGAAUGAGAGAAUAGUGACUUUGCGUUCAACUUAUUUUCUGGAUUCAAAGGAAAAUUGUUUUACUUGUUUCAAAAUGACUGAGACAUGAAAAGUAAAAAUAAGCAAUCACAGUGGGGAAUUGAAGGCAGGGCGGGUGGGGGCAUCCAAUACAAGAGUGCUUAUUAACUGUUAUAAUUGCCCUUCUUCCCUUAAUUUGUACACUGUUUUGUUCAGCCAGCUUGUAAAAAACUGACUGUGAAAAAUGGGCCUCAGUUUCCCCUGGGGUUCCUUAUUCAGGCUUGAUCUGACCAGGGAAGUGGUAUUGCCCUGGUUGGGCCCCCGGGGUUCGGUUUAACUUUCCCGAUGUGCUGAGUAGCAGUAAUCCGGGAAGGGAAAAGCGCUGUCCUCAGUAGGCGAUGCUCCUUUCUCCUCUGCGUCGGUUCUGCCAGUGUCACUGUUUCUAUCUUCCUCAGAGGGCCCGCUUCCAUUAUCUUUUAGACAGUAGAGCUGACUAUAAAGAAAACAGUCUCUCAUCAUACCUAACAAUGGGGAUAUUAUUUAACCUGCCAGCAAUAUCCAAGACCUUGUAAAUAACCGGUGAUAGAAACUUAAUUUAGAAAGAAUGACUAGGAUAUUUACAGAAAUAUGUCUGAUUAUCUGUGUUUUUGUUUUAUUUUACUCUGGAGCAUCUAAUUAUUUUUUUCUCUUUCAACAUCUGGAAUGAAUAUACACAUAAGUAAGUGUUUUGGGGUUCAUUGCUGCUACAUUAUACAAAUAUCACCUGUUUACAGUAGUAUCUACUAUAUGUGUAUAAGUUUACUCCUAAGGAUAAGUAUCUUUUUUGUGGGUUUUUUCCCCUUUGACUCUGGUUCUUAUUUCGGUUCUCCUGCUGCAACAAUUAAAUUUGAAAGUACAAGGUCUCUAGCCCUCAUAAUAUCAUGUUUCUGGCUCAUUGAUGCCUGCUGCCCCUGCAAGUCCUGGUGAGAGCAACGGAGCACUUUGCUGCCUCUGUAGUCUCGGUAAUUCCAUAUCUGUGUUUAGAGGAGUGACUUACCAUUUAGAACAGCAAGAAUUUUUAUACAUUUUAAAUUUGAAAAUUUAUAUUGACUCAGUUACCUAAUAACAGGCUACUGAGGCUGUUGUUGAAGCCAUAUUUUGAAGUUAUAAAAAGAUAGAACAUCUGUCCAGUGAUGUUCACAUAGAGAGACAGACUUAUUUUCUUUCAGAUCUGUAAACAGUGUAAGUCAGGGCUUUCCUUCUCUUCCAUGUGCUGCCCAUCUCUUUUUCCACAAGGUCGACUGUAAGGAGGGAGCACCUGGCUGACUCGUGCAUAGCUUGACCAACCAGAGAAUUGUACAGUCUGGAGCUUUACUUCACUUAAAUUCUUGUUAUAGGUCUUCUGAGCUACAGUGCUUAAGCUUACAUCCCUAAAAGGCAGUUUCAUCUUCCAGACUAGCUUAUUUCCUCCAUAUUAAAAAUAAAAUAACCUGUAAACUAUUAAAAAGUUAUGAAGUCACUGUAA